AUGGAAGGAGAACCACUUUUACCAAUUCAUAACAAGCCAAAGACUUCAAAGAAAAAGUUAUUGGCUUUAAUACCUUUGAUUUUGUUAGUUGGUUUUAUUCCCCACCAAAAAUCGGCCGAUCUUCCAACAGAACAAUUAUGUCCUAUCGUUGAUUCUUAUCCACCACCUGCUGAAUUAUACAACGCUGAUACUUUAGAUAAAUUACUUCAUGAUAAUGAUACCAAAUUGAAAUUAGCAGAAAAAUUAUCAGGUGCUAUCAAAAUUCCCACUGAAGUUUAUGAUGAUAUGAUUAACCCCAAAUCAGUUGAAUCAAAUGAGGAAUUAUACCAAUUAGAACCUUUAUGGAAGAACUUCGAAUUGUUCCAUGAUUAUCUUGAAAAGACUUAUCCAUUGACUCAUGAAAACUUGAAACUUGACAAAGUCAAUAAAUUUGCCUUGGUUUAUACUUGGGAAGGUUCCGAUACCACCAAAAAGCCUUUGAUGUUAACUGCUCAUCAAGACGUAGUUCCUGUUCAAAAAGAAACCAUUGAUAGAUGGGACUUCCCACCUUUUGAAGGUCACAUUAAGGAUGGUGAAAUUUAUGGAAGAGGUGUUUUGGAUUGUAAGAAUUUGUUAACUGGUUUGAUGGAUACUGUUGAGUUACUCAUUUCUGAAGGCUUUAAACCAUCAAGAACCUUAAUCUUAGCUUUCGGAUAUGACGAAGAAAGUCAAGGUACUGGUGCUGAAGAGAUCAGUAAAUUUUUGUUGAAUAAAUAUGGUAAAGAUUCAAUGUACCAAAUUAUUGAUGAAGGUGGUGGUGGAUUCGUUCAAAUGGGAGAUUUGAGAAUGAUCACUCCUGCAACUGCCGAAAAGGGUCAUUUAGACUCUAUCAUUGAAAUUUAUACUCCAGGUGGACACUCUUCAGUUCCUCCUGAACAUACCUCCAUUGGUAUUUUGUCUGAAUUGAUUGGUUUGAUUGAAAGCAAACCUUUUGAUAGUGUUAUUACCCAAAGAAACCCAGUUUUGUCUUUUUAUCAAUGUAUUGCUGAACAUGGUGAUGUGGAUAAAUCAUUAAAAUCCGACAUUUUGAAUGCUAAUGUCGAUAAAAACGCCAAUAGAAGACUUUUGGAUGUUUUAAGACAAGACUUAAAAACAAAGUAUUUAGUUACAACUUCUCAAGCAGCAGAUAUCAUCCUGGGUGGUGCCAAGUCCAAUGCUUUACCUGAACAUGCUCAAGUAUUGGUUAAUCAAAGAAUUGCUGUUGAAGAAUCCGUUGAAUCAGCAUCCACCAAAAUCUUAGACGAUAUCAAAAUCAUUGCUAAAAAGUACAAUCUUGGUAUUUAUAUCAACAAUAAGGAAAUUUUCCCACCAACAGAUUUUGGUUAUUUCAAUUAUACCCUUUCUCAACCACUUGAACCAGCACCAGUCACUCCUACUGAUUCCGAUGUUUGGAAUGUAUUUGGUGGCUCCUUACGUUAUUUCUAUCAAGAAUUGGCUUAUCCUGAAGAUAAUAGUACUUAUAUUUUUGCUCCAUAUUUAUCCACUGGAAAUACUGACACUAAAUGUUACUGGGAUCUUACACCUCAUAUUUUUAGAUAUAUGCCAGCAUUAUUAGGGGAGUCAGGAGGUGUCCAUUCUGUUAAUGAAAGGGGUUCAGUGGAUACUCAUGCCGCUGUUGUUGCCUUCUACUACUUCUACAUCCCUGUUAUUGAUAGUCUCCAAUAA